AUGUCCAACUUCAUACCCUCCCUCGAGUCCUUCGUAAAGGGCACAGCAGCCACAGCCGCCGGCCUCGGAACCCUCGGCGUCGGCCUGCUCUACUACGGGCAGAACUACCUAAUCUACCCCUCCGCCUUCCCCUCCGGCUCGCGCGAGCACGUCAGCACCCCCUCCGAGUUCGGGCUGCCCUACACAGACCUCACGCUCACCGCGCCGGACGGCGUCAAGCUCAAGGCGUACUUGUUAACGCAGAAGGUCGAGCUGGACGUGCACGGCGCGAACGGCGUGCCGUGGAACUGGGACGAGGACGGGGACGACCAGGCGUUUGCGGGGAGCAGGCCGACGGUGCUGAUGUUUCAUGGCAAUGGCGGCAAUCACGGCCAUCGGAUCCCCCUCGCGCGCGUCUUCUUCCUCAAGAUGCGCUGCAACGUCCUCAUGCUCUCCUACCGCGGCUACGGCCUCUCCUCGGGCACGCCCUCCGAGCGCGGCCUGCAAUCCGACGCCCAGACCGCGCUCGACCACAUCACCAACCACGCCUUCCUCGCCCGCUCCCCGGUCAUCCUGUACGGCCAGAGCAUCGGCGGCGCGGUGAGCAUCGACUUGUGCGCCAAGAAUCCGCGGGUGGUGAGGGCGCUGGUGCUGGAGAACACGUUUACGAGCCUGCCGCGGGUUAUUCCGGCUGCUAUGCCGUGGUUGGGCCCCUUUGCGUUUUUGUGCCAUCAGAAGUGGGAGAGCUAUGCGAAGGUCCCGCGCAUCCCGCCAGACAUCCCAGUCCUCCUCCUCGGCGGCGUCCGCGACGAGCUAGUCCCGCGCGCACACAUGCACGAGCUCUGGUCCCUCUUCUGCGCGCGCGGCAAGCCUUCAACGCAACCGCGCCACGGCUUCCACAGCCUCUCCAACAGCUUCAGCACCAAACACCAAGAAAAACCCCUCCCAACACCCCCACCAAACACAAACCCAGACUCCAAACCCUGGUCCCUCGCCGCCGGCCGCGGCGCCGCGUCCGCGGACCCCACAUCCGCCUCUGCGCCCGGCGAGCCCGCGAAAGAUAUCGGUGCGCGGGCUGCUGUCGAGCUCGGCGGGACGGCCGCAGAGAAGAAUGUGAGUUCUGCCGGGGACGAUGGCGAUGAGGAUGGGGAUGGGGAGGGCGCAGGGAAAGAGAGAGGGAGGGAUGAGGAGGAUGGUGGGGAGGGGCUGGGUCCGCCCGUGAGCUUGCGAGAGGGGAAGAACCAGUUUCUGGAGUUUGGCGCUGGGACGCAUAACGACACGUGCGUCCAGCCGGGCUACUGGCACGCCGUCGCGGAGUUCGUCGCCGCGCUACAGGAACGGCCGGCCGAGAGCGUCGAGCGGGCGAGGGAGCGGCAGCUGCUCUAG